GUAAAUUCAAAGGGAACACCCAAGUGCAAGCUUCGAAGUCUUAUGUAUGCAUGUGAUUUCAUAUAAUAAGUGCAGAAAUGAAAAGCUCACAUUAAUUAACGAGAAUUGACACCACUAUGGCACUUUGAGUGAUCGGUUUGAGGUGGGGCCCUGCCUUGCAUCCAAAACAGGACGUACUUUGCACGUCUUUGUCCUGCUGCUUUUAGAUCACAACUCGUUCACCGAACCACUUCGCCAUGGCACUGUGGAAAUUACUCCUGGCUUGCCUCCACCAAGUGGAUGCUUUGGACAAUGGACUGGGAUUGCUCCCACAGAUGGGCUAUAACACUUGGAAUGAUUUUGAAUGUGAGGGUGUUUCUGCCAAAAACAUUUCAAAGGUAGCUGACAAGAUGGUCGAAUUAGGACUGCCAGCUUUGGGCUAUGAAUAUUUGAUCAUAGAUGACUGCUGGGCAGAUCACCGUGGAAAAGAUGGAAAGCUCGUGCCCGAUCGUAAUGCCUUCCCACACGGUAUGAAGCACGUGGCGGACUAUGUCCACAGUAAAGGCUUGAAGUUCGGCAUCUACAUGGACCGCGGGCGAUGGACUUGUGCUGGGCGGCCAGGAAGCCAGGGCUAUGAGGAGGUUGAUGCCAAAACCUUCGUCUCUUGGGGAGCGGAUUAUGUGAAGACGGAUUCCUGUAAUGGUCCAGACUCCUUGGAGGAUCCGCCUUCCGCUGCGGCAAUUGCGCAGUAUCAGCUCUUCCGAGAUGCCUUGAAUGCAACGGGUCGUCCCGUUUUUCUGGCUUUAUCUGGGUGGCACAACUGGUAUAGUCCUUACGGGGAAAGCCUGGCAAACUCCUGGAGGAUCGGCUAUGAUGUCCGGAACUGGCAAUCAGCGUGGAACUUUGCGAUUCGUGUCAAUGGUUUCCUCUCAGACUUUGGUGGCCCUGGUGGAUGGAAUGACCCUGAUAUGUUGGUGGGAUCUUCCAGUAAAACAGCCGUGCAGAUGACCCCACAGCAAUCGCGCACUCAGUUUUCACUCUGGUCCGUUAUGGCAGCCCCUUUGCUGCUUGGAUCCAUGCUGUCAAUGGGCCAUCAUGAUCUUGAAACCUACACCAACACCGAAGUGAUUGCUGUAGAUCAAGACCCUUUGGGCAUUCAAGGUGAGAUCGUUUGGGAGAACUGCCCCCUGCGCAAGCGCACCAAUAUCAAACAGUCGCAGUUCUAUGACGAGAUACCAGCUUGUCAGCAAGUGUGGGCCAGGCCGAUCACAGACGGUUUCGCCAUUGUCCUUUUAAAUCUGGAUGCCGAGAAGCCUGCAAAUGUCAGCUUCGCAGUCUCUGAUGUUUGUUGGUCCAGUCAGGCUUUUGUUGGAAAGCCUUGCAAUUUCUUUGAAGAAGCUUCAGUGAGGGACUUGUGGAGAAAAGAACACCUGGGCAUCAGAAAGUUUAUCAACGUGACCUUGGCCCGAGAUGGUGCAUCUCAAAUGUUCAAGAUCAAACCAAUCAUCCCUCAAGCUCCACACACAAGCGCGAAGAAGAAGACACCUGCGUCGACGGCGACUGGACAUCGCCCGAAGUCGCGCCACAGGGAGCCCGUCUCUUCGCACUUUUCGGUCGCACUGGAGACUGAUGCGGUGCAUUUCCUACAGCAGCCCGACGAGCUUUGAGAAAUGUGCUCUCGCCAUCUCGCCAUGUCUGGACAUUUGUGCUGAAGAGCUAAGAAGAGCUCCAGAAUCCUGCCCGUUUGGAACUGCGACUUUCCCUUUAAGAGGUCAUUUAGUCGGUUCUUGAGCGGAGCUCGCUGAUUGACUGGAAUGGAU